CUCCACUGAGGUGUAAUGGUUUGAUGAGUUUGGUGAGGAAAAGGUCAGAACUUGCUGCUAUAUGUUGGGUGAAGCACCUGAACCUUGCAGAGGAUAUUUUGAAGUUCACGUGUUCUCCAGUAUAUCAAGACAUCUCUUAUUUAGCAUGGCCAGUAAAUAGUAUCUUCCAGAAGUGAGUAAAAUGAAAAAGUAGCCGAAUUCAUGUGAUUUUUGACUCUCUGUUGAACAUGUUAGCCCUCUACUAAGUGAUGUGCAGUCUCUGAAUUUUUGAAGCCCUUAGGGAAUUAGCAACCGGCUAGCCGUAGAAGGAUUUAACUCUCAAGGACGGAGAUGGAAGCAAAUGGCAAGACAGACUUGGCCUUGUCAUCGCAUACCUUUCAACCUAGAAGAUUUCUUCUGGCUUUAUCUCCACCUCCUAAGGUGCCGACUAUUCUGAUGCCGAGUUUCCAGUUGCCUUGAUUAAGGUAGAAACAUUCUAUGGCUUGGAUGACUUACAUUUCAAAUUGGUUUGAGCAAGAUGAUUGGUAUGAAGGACUACAAAGAGCAAACAUGUCCCAGGUCAGGCAAGUGGGCCUGCUGGCCGCUGGAUGUCAGCCAUGGAACAAAGAUGUAUGUGCUGCCAGUGGAGACAGGUUUGCAUACUGUGCCACCCUGGCCAUCUAUAUUUACCAGUUGGAUCACCGUUAUAAUGAAUUCAAACUUCACGCAAUUAUGUCUGAACAUAAAAAAACAAUCACAGCUAUCUCUUGGUGUCCACAUAACCCUGAUGUGUUUGCAAGUGGCAGUACCGAUAAUUUAGUGAUCAUUUGGAAUGUUGCAGAACAAAAAGUCAUUGCUAAGCUCGACAAUACAAAAGGGAUGCCUGCCUCUCUUAGCUGGUGCUGGAACGCAGGUGACGCCGUGGCUUUUGUUUCCCACAGAGGACCACUGUUCAUUUGGACCAUCUCAGGCCCAGAGAGUGGGGUGACUGUGCACAAGGAAGCACAUGGCUUCUUGUCUGAUAUCUGUAUAUUCAGAUGGCACACCCAGAAAAAGGGGAAAGUUGUAUUUGGUCAUAUUGAUGGAAGUCUGUCAAUUUUUCAGCCAGGUAAUAAAAGUCAGAAACAUGUUCUGAGACCUGAAUCUCUUGAAGGGACAGAUGAGGAAGAUCCAGUGACAGCCCUGGAAUGGGACCCACUGUCUACCGAUUAUCUCCUAGUGGCUAAUAUGCAUUUUGGAAUUCGCCUGCUAGAUUCGGAAUCACUUUAUUGCAUAACAACAUUUAAUUUUCCCAGUGCAGCAGCUUCUGUUCAGUGUUUGGCCUGGGUUCCCAGUGCUCCUGGGACGUUUGUAACUGGGGAUUCUCAAGUGGGGGUUUUGCGCAUUUGGAAUGUUUCAAGAACAACACCUAUUGAUAAUUUUAAAUUAAAGAAAACAGGGUUUCACUGCUUACAUGUACUUAAUUCUCCUCCAAGAAAAAAAUUUUCAAGCCAGUCUCCAACUAAAAAUCAUUAUAUGUCCUCAACAAGCGAAGCAGUUUCGCCCCCAACUCUGACACAGAAUCAGGCAUUUUCUCUUCCUCCCGGGCAUGCAGUAUGCUGCUUCUUGGAUGGUGGGGUUGGACUGUACGACUUGGGAGCCAAGAAGUGGGAUUUUCUCAGGGACUUGGGACAUGUGGAAACGAUCUUUGACUGCAAAUUCAAACCUGAUGAUCCCAAUCUUUUAGCAACAGCUUCUUUUGAUGGCACUAUCAAAGUCUGGGACAUAAACACACUAACUGCUGUCUACACCUCCCCGGGUAAUGAAGGGGUUAUUUACUCCCUAUCAUGGGCCCCAGGUGAUUUAAAUUGUAUUGCUGGAGCAACUUCCCGAAAUGGUGCUUUUAUUUGGGAUGUUAAAAAGGGCAAAAUGGUGCAACGAUUUAAUGAGCAUGGAAAAAGUGGAAUAUUCUGCGUUGCCUGGAGUCAUAAAGACUCCAAAAGAAUAGCCACCUGCAGUGGUGAUGGUUUCUGUAUUGUUCGAACAAUUGAUGGUAAAGUGCUACACAAAUACAAACAUCCAGCUGCGGUGUUUGGUUGUGAUUGGAGCCAAAACAACAAAGACAUGAUAGCAACUGGCUGUGAAGAUAAAAAUGUUCGUGUCUAUUAUGUGGCCACCAGCUCUGAUCAACCACUGAAAGUAUUUAGUGGACAUACUGCAAAAGUGUUCCAUGUUAAAUGGUCUCCUCUGAGCGAAGGAAUUCUUUGUAGUGGUUCUGAUGAUGGUUCUGUUCGAAUCUGGGAUUAUACUCAAGAUGCUUGCAUAAACAUUCUUAGUGGCCACACUGCGCCUGUGAGGGGAUUAAUGUGGAAUACUGAGAUUCCAUAUCUACUCAUAUCUGGCAGCUGGGACUACACUAUAAAAGUAUGGGACACUCGAGAAGGAACGUGUUUGGAUACUGUUUAUGACCAUGGAGCAGAUGUAUAUGGUUUAACAUGUCAUCCGAGCCGCCCCUUCACUAUGGCCUCCUGCUCCCGAGAUUCUACAGUGAGACUCUGGUCGUUAACACCUUUAAUCACUCCUCUACAAAUAAAUAUUCUGGCAGACAGAUCUUGGGAAGAAAUUAUCGGGAACACUGAUCAUGCUACAGCACAAGGCACUCCUCCUCUUUUGUGUGGUAAAGUAUCAAGAGAGAUUAAACACGAAAUAGAGAAACUAACUGGUAAUCCUCGAGCAAAAAAACUAAGGUGGUUUUCAGAAUGUUUAUCCCCUCCAGGUGGCAGUGACAAUUUGUGGAACUUAGUUGCUGUGAUCAGAGGGCAGGACGACAGCCUGCUUCCUCAGAACUACUGUAAAGGAAUAAUGCAUUUGAAGCAUCUGAUUAAAUUUAGAACGUCUGAAGCCCAAGAAUUGACAACAGUCAAGAUGUCUAAAUUUGGUGGUGGUAUUGGUGUCCCCACUAAAGAGGAAAGGCUGAAGGAAGCUGCUGACAUACAUUUGAGAUUAGGACAAAUUCAGAGAUACUGUGAACUGAUGGUUGAACUUGGAGAGUGGGACAAAGCCUUGUCAGUUGCACCAGGGGUGUCUGUGAAAUACUGGAAGAAGUUGAUGCAGAGGAGAGCAGAUCAGUUAAUCCAGGAAGAUAAGGAUGAUGUCGUUCCAUACUGCAUUGCCAUUGGUGAUGUGAAAAAAUUAGUCAGCUUUUUUAUGUCAAGGGGUCAGCUUAAAGAAGCUCUGCUUGUUGCACAGGCUGCUUGUGAGGGAAACAUGCAGACCUUACAUGUUUCUACACCAAAAGGAUCUUCAUCUUCUGAUGAUAUCUACAAGGAAGACUUUAAAGAACUCCUGCGCAAAGUCAGUGAAGAACUGGCUGAGUGGUAUUUUCAGGACGGUCGUGCCGUGCUUGCGGCAUGUUGCCAGCUGGCUGUGGAUAACACUGAGCUUGCUAUGGCAUACCUGAUUCGUGGGAAUGAGCUCGAGUUGGCCGUGUGUGUGGGCACAGUGCUGGGGGACGCUGCAGCACCCGCCACCCACUAUGCCCUGGAAUUGUUGGCAAGAAAAUGCAUGAUGACUCCAACAUGGAACCUGGCAGCUGAUCUUCUCCUGAUGACUCCUGAUAAUGAACUGCAGUUAGUUAAACUCUGUGCUUUCUACCCCGGGUGUACUGAAGAGAUAAAUGAUCUUCAUGAGAAGUGCAAGCUACCCACGGUAGAGGAAUGUAUGCAAUUAGCGGAGACAGCCCAGGCAGAUGGUAAUAUAUUUGAAACUGUGAAGUAUUAUUUGUUAAGUCAGGAACCUGAAAAAGCCCUUCCUAUUGGUAUUGAUUACAUCAAAGAAUACAUCACUAGUUCAAAUUGGACACUGGAUACCAUUUAUCCUGUUCUUGACCUGUUGAGUUAUAUUCGUACUGAAAAAUUAGUCUUGCAUACAUGUACUAAAGCUCGAAAUGAAUUGCUCAUAUUAUGUGGUUAUAUUGGUGCAUUAUUGGCUAUCAGAAGACAGUACCAAAGCAUUGUUCCAGCACUUUAUGAGUAUACAAGUCAGCUGUUAAAACAUCGGGUGGUGUCAGUGCCUUUAAAAAUUGAGCACCUUUCUGAGGAGUUGGAUGCGUGGAGAGCUUGCACACAACCCGUCAGCCGAUCAUCGGAAGAGUCUGCAUAUACUCCCCCUUCUGAUUCACAAAAGAUGGUUUAUGCAACUUUACUAAAGAGACUACAGCAAGAACCGCUCGGAGGAAUUGUUGGACCAGAUUACGUGACUGGAUCAAACCUGCCCAGUCAUUCUGAUAUCCACAUCUCUUGUCUUACGGGAUUAAAAAUCCAGGGCCCUGUAUUUUUCCUUGAAGAUGGGAAAUCCACUAUCUCAUUGAAUGACGCUUUGAUGUGGGCAAAGGUGAACCCAUUCUCACCUUUAGGGACUGGAAUACGACUCAACCCAUUUUGACAGAAAGUUUUUCUCCUUGUUUAAUUGUUUUUUUAAAGACCUUUUGUGGGUUAGUAUUACCUUAGCCUUUGUUGUCCAAGAGCCAAAGGUUGAAGGGAGCGGGGGAAGUGGGGAAUAGGGGUUGACUUUAUAAAUUAUCUUCAAAAAAUAAAAUAUUUAUACAAUUUCAAGGAAAAAUAGACGUGUCCUUUAUAAAAUAGAAUAGUCAUAUUUGGGAUAAAGAUAAUAUUUAAAUUAUAAAAGACUGAAAAAUCUAAAAGAGCAUAUAUAAGUUUCACAUAGGUACCAGAGUUUCAUAAAAGGUACCAAAAUAUUAUAUUAUUGAAACAUUGAAACAUAUAAAAUAAUGCAACACCUACAAUAGUGACAUAGAGUAAGUACUUAAUGAAUAUUGGAAUGACUGAGUGUCUUGAGAUAUCAAAAUAUAAGGUAUGUGUGACUGAUCUUCAAGUUAUCAAACACCCAUACUGUCCUCUAUAAAAUAUAUAGUACACCAAUAGUUUCAGUUCAUAUUUAAUGAAAGUUUCCAGUUAUGAGUUUGAUGUGUAUCAAUAAAUGGAUACACAGUCAAAAUACUUCUGAGUUUUAUUUUUUUAAAAGCAUUACCAAGUUUUUUAACUGAAAUUAAAAUGUCCAAUUAUAAAGGAAUAGGUUUUAUAAGCAUAACAAAAAUUGAGGAGUAAAAAACACAAAUGCAGUUA